AUAUGGAGUUGGGACCUUUGGGGGUUGGGGAAAUUUGUCACUCACUGUAACAGCUGCAAAUUGGUUGGGAACAACCAAGCUAGGUUGGCAAGGGUGGCCAACUUGGAUGGAUUGGUUGGGAAGGGACAAAUGUCAAAGUUGGGGUUCCUAUAGGGAGGGAAUCUUUGUGCUUAUGGGGUUUCCUUGAUUCUUGAACUUUGAUUGAACCUUUGAGAUUGAGUUAAGUUCUCCUCCUACAGCUUACCCCCUAAUGCGUCGAAAGUCAUAGCGUCGCGAAUACUUCAUCAAUCAACGUGAUUCAAAUUGGAAACGGUAGCUGAGAUUAAGAGCUACAACAUAUCCAAGUUUCGCGACAUUCCAACGGCUAGUUUUUUGUCGACGUUGUUUCUUGUGAAGACGACUUUUCUGUCCAGAAUUUCGGAUUUAUAUUUUGAGUAAUUCUAGUUCCUAAGUUCACCUAGACUCCGUCCUUAAUUCUAACAAGUGGUAUCAGAGCGAUAUUAAGGACAUUGAGAGGAGUCUACAGAAGUGUGAAGACCCUUCUAGACCCACCAUGGCCUGUGGGUGUGCCUAAGUGGUGUUCUAAAUGUUGGAUGUGUCUUCCGCUAAGGGGAAACUCUGCCGAAAUUUCGUGGACGCCGAUACUUGUGAAAAUAUCGAGGGAGCUGAGUGUGGACAGCAAAGGGGAGCUGAAAUUCGUCAUUUCUCAAGGAGAAGAUGAAUGAGAGAGGAGGAGAUGCUAAUGGAAGAGGAGCUGUAGCUGAGAAGGCAAGUGAGCCGCCGCCAUCAAAAGUUGAAGCUUUGGAUGGCUCCAACUAUGAGGAAUGGAGCGGACGGAUGAGGAGUGCCUUCAAACGCUACAAGCUACUGAAGAUUGCUGUUGGGGAAGAGAAGAUGCCGGAAGAAGGCGAAGCACGUGAACGCAGGCCGGAGGGAUGGUCACCUCCAUGCAUGAAGCCGCCAAGUGGUGAACGCGCACAAGGUGGCGCUGUGCAAGGCUCAGGUGCACAAGGUGAAGGUGCACAAGGUAACGCCUAUCCUGGGAUGUAUCUCAUGGUUGAGGAUGUGCAUGGGCAUGAGGGUGAUGUGGGAUCUGUGGGAAAGGUUGUGAUGCACCCUCUCACACACUGGGUGAUUGAUUCGGGUUGCACCAGUCACAUGACUCCACGGGCAGAUUUGCUUGAUGAGGUAAAACCCCCUGGGAAGAUUAAGUAUGUGGCAGCAGCGUCAUGUGCUUUGCUCCCCGUGAUUGGUGUUGGGAAUGCCAAGGUUAAGGGAGCUAAUGGGGAGCUUGUGGGGCUUGGGAAUGUUCUGCUGGUUAAAGGCUUGUCUGCUAACCUUCUCUCUGUGCGGCGACUGCAGAAGAGUAAGGCCGAAGUGACCUUUGGACCAACCAGCUGCCGUGCUAAGCUUGGGAAGAAGGUGCUGUGGAGUCUGGAAGAGGAGACCAGCUGCAUCAAGGACCUGUGGCAGCUGCCCAUCAUCCCUUGGAAUGGGAAGACUCCAACAGCAGCAACGGCAGCAGCGGCAAAGGCAACAGCAGGAGGAGAUGCAACUGCACCAACUGAUGGGGUCCUGGAAGCAGUCAAGAAAGUGCAGAAGCAGCAGACACAUGGUGAGGUGCUUGCUGGUGUGGAUGCGAGUGCGGCAUGGGCUAAGGCUUCAUCAAGGAGUGGAGAGGCCGAUUGGGAGACAUGGCAUGAGAGGUUGUGUCAUGUGAACUUCCCUAUGCUGCAGAAGUUGGUGAAGAAUGGGAGCCUGAAGGGCUUGGAGGUGAAAGGGGAAGUGAAGGAGAUUGGGAGCUGCCCUACAUGCUUGGAGACCAAGUUCUCCAAGUUCCCCUUCAACAGUGCAACAGGACCAGCCAAGACCCCACUUGCACUUGUGCACAUGGAUGUGGUGGGGCCCACAAGAGCCCCUUCCCUCUCAGGCAGCCGCUAUUUCUUGACAAUUGUGGAUGACCACACUCGGGCAGUGUGGGUUUACGCUUUGAACAGCAACGGGGAGGUGGCAGCGGCUGUCCUUAAGGAGUGGAUGCCUAGAGCUCAGAGGGAAUGCGGACACAAGGUGAAGGUGAUCCGCAGUGACAAUGGUGGGGAGUUCAUUGGAGCUGAUUUUGAGGGGGAGUUGAAGAGGAAGGGGAUCCAGCAUCAACGGACAGUGCCCUACAAUCCGCAGCAGAAUGGCGUGGCUGAGAGGUUCAACAGGACCCUGCAGGAGGGGGCACGCACUCUCCUUGGGCGUGCAGGGCUACCUGAUCCGUUUUGGGUGUCUGCACUGAGGCAGGUCGCCCUUGUGAAGAAUAGGGUGCUGGCUACAGUUGGGGAUAAGGAGUGGAUCCCAUAUACCAAGUGGUAUGGGAGUGCUCCAGCUGUGAAUAUGCUGAGGGCAUUUGGGUGCAUGGUAGUGUUUCAUGUGCCUAAGGAGGAAAGAGGGAAGUUGGAGGCUUCUGGAAGAUGGGGUGUGCACUUGGGGAUUGCAAAGGAUCACAAGGGAUGGCUGCUAUGGGACUUGACCAUCCAGAAGCUGACAGUGUCAAGGGAUGUGAAGUUUCUUGAGUCCCUGUACUAUAAGGAAUGGAAGCAGCAGCAACAGAAGCUUCCAUCUACACCACUCAUUGUGGAGGCAGAUGAGUUGCAGCAGCCUUCAAGGCAGGUGGAGGUUGCAGUGUCUGAGGAGGAGAUAUCUGGGGUGACUGAAGAAGGGGGAGCAGCUGAAGUGGAGCAGCAACAGCAACAUGAGUCUCCACCUCGAGUUCCACAGCCGCCUGAGCGACCUAGGAGGGAUGUGCGCCCUACUGUGAGGCUGACCUAUGGGGGAAGAGGCAAGCCAAAUGUGGUGCAGGCUGGGAGUGUGGUUGAGCAGAUUGAGGAAGAUGAGAUCGCUCACUGCUACUGGGCACCAAUCCCUGAGCCCAAGACUCGAGAGGAGGCCUUGAAUGGACCAAAUGGGGAGAAGUGGAAGGCGAGUGAGGAUGAGGAGUUCGGGUCCCUGAUUGAAAACGAGACAUGGGACCUGUGUGACUUGCCUCCUGGGAAGAAGGCAAUCACUUCCAAGAUGAUCUACAGGCACAAGUAUGGACCUGAAGGGGAGCUGACCCGCUACAAGUCUAGGCUUGUGGCACGGGGGUUUCAGCAGACAAAGGGGAAGGACUAUGAUGAGGUGUUUGCUCCUGUGGGGAAAGGAACAACACUGAGGGUGCUGUUGGCGAUAGCUGCACUCCUGGGAUGGAAGAUACGGCAGAUGGACAUUGUGACUGCCUUUCUGAAUGGGAUCAUUCUGGAGGAGGUGUACAUGAAGCAGCCAGAGGGGCUGGAUGAUGGGAGCGGCAGGGUCUGCAGGCUGAAGAAGGCCAUCUAUGGCCUUAAGCAGGCGCCUCGUGCAUGGUAUCACAAGUUGGAGGAGGCGCUGUUGGCUGGGGGUUUCAAGAAGAGUGAGUGUGACCCCAGCCUGUUCCUGCUGCAGGAGAAGGAUGAAAUCCUCAUGCUCUUGGUGUACGUGGAUGAUAUCCUUCUCUUUUCUGCAUCAACUGCUUUGCUGGACAGUGCAGAGCAGAUGCUGGAGAUGCAGUUCAAGUGUUCCAAGAUGGGUGAGGUGAAGUACUACUUGGGGAUGCCUGUGGAGAGAGAUGUGGAGAAGGGUGUGCUGAGGUUGCACCAGAGGAAGUACUGUGAGGGGCUGGCUGAGAAGUAUGGGCUGCAAGAUGGGGGAAAGCCAGCAACACCACUACCUUCGGGGUUCACUGUGGAGCCAUGUGCUGAUGAGGAGGUAGUGGGUGAUAGUGACAGGAAGCUGUUUCAUUCGAUGGUUGGGUCGCUGAAUAUUGCUGCAAAUCAUACACGGCCUGACAUUGCAUUUGCUACAUCACGAUUGGCUAGUGUGGUCUCACGCCCUAGUCAUGAGCAGCUGGAAGCGGCCAAGAGGUUGGUCCGCUAUGUGAGCGCUACGGCAUCAGUGGGAUUGGAGUACAGUGGAGUGAGGCAGCGGUUGCAGAGAGGUGCUGCAGAUGUGAAGAGUGGAGAGAUGCUCUUGAGUUGCUAUACUGGCGCUAGCUUCAACUCAGUGAAAGCGGAUGGCACUUGCAUUGGGGGUUAUGUGUGCUUGCUAGGAGGUGGUGCUGUGAGCUGGCGCAGCAAGAAGCAGAAUGAGGUGGGAUUGUCCUCAUGUGAGACUGAGUACAUGGCCUUACACCAUGGGGCCAAGGAAGUGGUGUGGCUGAUGCGCUUGUUAGAGGAGUUGGGAGUUGGUCAGGAGGAGCCGACAGUUGUGUUCUGUGACAAUGAGUCUGCUGUGAAGCUCGCCAAGAAUGCUUGUCUGCAUGGGCUGACAAAACACAUAAGGCCUAAGUGGCACUGGGUGAGGAGACUCCUUGAUAAGGAGGUGCGGCUGGAGAUAGUGAAGACCCAUCAGCAGGCAGCAGAUAUUUUCACCAAGCUUGUGGGGUGACUCUAUAUGGAGUUGGGACCUUUGGGGGUUGGGGAAAUUUGUCACUCACUGUAACAGCUGCAAAUUGGUUGGGAACAACCAAGCUAGGUUGGCAAGGGUGGCCAACUUGGAUGGAUUGGUUGGGAAGGGACAAAUGUCAAAGUUGGGGUUCCUAUAGGGAGGGAAUCUUUGUGCUUAUGGGGUUUCCUUGGUUGAGGACUCUCUUGGGACCUUCCCUCUCAUCCCUCUCUUCUAUCCCAACAUUUCUCUUGCUCCUCUAAUUCCUUGUGAGAUUCUUGAACUUUGAUUGAACCUUUGAGAUUGAGUUAAGUU